AGCAUGAAAGGUACCCUCUAACCGUCAGGCACAUCGUAACCAUAUCUUGUAACUUAGCAGGCUGUGCCAAAUUUGGAUAAAUACCCUCCCUUGACCCAGUUCAUACCACUUUAUCCUUCCCAGCCUGUCUCGAUAUUCGUAGGUUCCUCAGUAGAAUCGAUUGUGCGACCAUGUCCUCUUCAAUGAACAAAUACUGGAUCCCGCAUCAAGACAUUCACAGAAAAGUCAUCACUCAAGAACUCCAGUAUUAUCUAGGACCCCAGGCUACAGUUCGCCCAUACACGUUGGAGGGAGAGGAUGGUUUCCUCAUCACCACUCCCGGAUCCUGCUUGACAGAUGAACAAAUCGAUGAUAUUUGCCGAAAGUCGAAAGAUCUGUGGGAUCGACAGGCCGCAGCCAAGGUCCAACAGAAUCCCGAGAAGUUGCUGAAACGACCGUUACACCAGCCUGUCAUUGUUUCGAGAGGGUCUUCCAGAGACUCUCAUCGACGUUACCACGACCGACGCCGGCAGGAUGAUGAUUGAGCCCCAGCAUGACUCAGCAGUUAAAACCGUGUUACCUCUCCAGUACCCCGAGGGAAGCCUGACAGAUACCUGUGGGGGAGUUUUCUGCACAUCGAGGGCUGGCAGCUGCAGCCAUCACCCCAGACUUUGAGGCCCGUGAAACAAUUUGUGUUGGAAUGCUAGAGUGCGGUGAAGCAAAGGGUUGCUGACUGCAAAUAGCCAUGAAGCAGAAGCUGUCCGGUGCCCAAUAUAGAUAUGUGGAGGAUGAGAUACCCAAUUGAGUCAAAUUAAGCAAGUGUCAUGGUGGUUGCCAUGUCUGUCCACAGAUGCGGUGCCAUCUGGCAUGAUUCCAACCCAACAGAAACCAUUUGAGUGCAAAUACUGCCCAAAUUACAUUUGUUUUGGGCAUGUAGCAGGUCGAGCUGGAGCUGCACAAAAGUACAGGAGUGGAGUUGUCAAAUUCGGGACCCGGCUCGUGUUCCAAUCGGAUUUUAAGUUAUAUGCUGCCAUGCUUGUGUGAUCGUGCGCAAGUUUAGGUAAAUAGCGAUGAAUCAAAGUUGGAUCUGAUAAUCCCACAGUUUGUUGGUUGCAUGCGCUACAUGCCUCAUGCUAACUCAUUUGGAAUCGAGAAGCUUUUCGUACUUCUGAAGGUCCAUGGGACCAGUUGACCAGAGGACUAUGGCUUGCACACACACCUGUUUCGACUCUUGGUAUGGUUGUUUCUUAUCACGAGUCAUCUUUUGCUCUGUGAUAUACCCUAUCACGUUGACAAACUCGCCGACACGUGUUUGCUCAGCUGUGAGGGAUUCUAGAAGCAGGCUGACAUCCACCACAGCAGUGGCAUUGCUAUCUCUUGGAUAAAGAUGACUGAGGAAGAGACAGGCCGAAGAGGUUGAGUAAGAAGUGACGCUAUCUUGUGUUAGCCAACAGUACUUGCCGUAAAUGAAUGUGUGAGCAAGCACACAAAGAGUGAAAACAACGUUCACCGGUCAUACCAUCCGAGGAAUCUGACUUUGUCACCGAUAGGUACAGCAGGGAGAUUUGACAGCAAGUGAAGCUGAGAAGAAACUGGGCCCCGCGACAUGCCCGUUGCGCGUGGCUACUGGGUGCCUUGCCAGGGGAUUUUGAGGCCCGAAAGAUGUGAUUAUGCUGCAGCUCCAGAAGAAAUCCCUCAAAAUCAAAUCUACUGGUGACGUAAAGGAUAUGGGGUAGUGAAGAGGUUUAAUGGAGGUUGAAGAUGCAGUUUACGUUUGAUGUUGACUUCACGUGAAAUGG